AUGGAAGAGGAAUACUUUUUGCCAACAGUUUUGAGCAAGGAUUCCUGUUCUACAUGGGGUGGAGGGCAUUUUUCAACCUUUGAUAAAUACCAGUAUGACUUCACUGGGACUUGCAACUAUAUCUUUGCAACCGUAUGUGAUGAAACCAGCCCGGACUUCAACAUUCAGUUCCGCCGUGGGAUGGACAAAAAAAUCGCAAGGAUCAUUAUUGAGCUUGGACCUUCUGUUGUCAUUGUUGAGAAAGGCAGCAUUUCUGUCAGGAGCGUUGGAAUUAUUCAGUUGCCUUACACUAGCAAUGGCAUUCAAAUAGCUCCUUAUGGACACAACAUCCGCCUGGUCGCCAAGCUGAUGGAGAUGGAACUAGUUGUCAUGUGGAACAAUGAUGACUAUCUCAUGGUUUUGGCUGAAAAAAAAUACAUGGGCAAAGUCUGUGGAAUGUGUGGAAAUUAUGAUGGUUAUGAAUUGAAUGAAUUUGUUCGUGAAGGUAAAUUGCUGGAUACAUACAAAUUUGCUGCAUUACAAAAAAUGGAUGAUCCAUCAGAGAUCUGUCUGUCUGAGGAGAUACCGAUUUCCACUGUUCCUCACAAAAAAUAUGCCCUGAUCUGCUCUCAACUGCUUAAUUUGGUGUCAUCAACCUGCAGCGUGCCAAAGGAUGGGUUUGUCACUCGUUGCCAGCUGGAUAUGCAGGACUGCAGUGAGCCAGGACAAAACAGCUGUGCUUGCUCUACACUGUCAGAAUAUUCAAGGCAAUGUGCUAUGUCCCACCAAAUGGUGUUCAACUGGAGAACUGAAAACUUCUGUUCUGUGGGAAAAUGUUCUGCGAACCAAAUCUAUGAGGAAUGUGGUUCUCCAUGUAUUAAAACCUGUUCCAACCCAGAGUACAGCUGUUCCAGUCACUGUACCUACGGUUGCUUUUGUCCAGAAGGAACUGUUCUGGAUGAUAUCUCCAAGAACCGAACAUGUGUUCACAUUAGCCAGUGUCCGUGUACACUGAAUGGGAAAACAUACGCUCCUGGGGAGACAAUGAAAGCAACGUGUAGGACCUGUAAAUGUAUGAUGGGCCAGUGGAACUGCAAAGAUUUGCCCUGUCCUGGAAGGUGUUCACUGGAAGGAGGCUCCUUUGUUACCACAUUUGAUUCUAGGUCAUAUAGAUUCCAUGGGGUUUGCACUUACAUUCUCAUGAAGAGUUCCAGCCUGCCACACAAUGGAACCCUAAUGGCUGUGUAUGAAAAGACUGGUUAUUCUCAUUCUGAGACGUCACUUAGUGCUAUAAUUUACCUAUCCUCAAAGGACAAAAUUGUGAUUUCUCAGAAUGAUCCCCUCACAGAUGAUGAUGAACUUAAGCGGCUGCCUUACAGAUCAGGAGACAUCACUGUUUUCAGACAGUCCUCAAUGUACAUUCAAAUGCAUACAACCUUCGGGCUGGAACUUUUAGUUCAAACAUCACCUGUGUUCCAGGCCUAUGUGAAAGCUGGAUCACAAUUCAAAGGCAGAACUCUAGGUUUAUGUGGCAAUUACAAUGGAGACACUACAGAUGACUUCAUGACUAGCAUGGAUAUCACUGAAGGGACAGCCUCCCUGUUUGUAGAUUCCUGGAGGGCAGGAAACUGCCAUCCUGCUUUGGAGAGAGAUACUGAUCCUUGUGCUUUGAGUCAACUAAACAAAAUAUCUGCUGAGACUCAUUGCUCCAUUCUUACCAAGAAGGGUACGGUGUUCGAGAAAUGCCAUGCUGUGGUCAACCCUAUUCCUUUCUACAAGAGAUGUGUCUACCAGGCCUGUAACUAUGAAGAGACCUUUCCUUACAUUUGUUCUGCUCUGGGAUCAUAUGCACGAGCGUGCAGUUCAAUGGGUUUAAUCCUUGAGAACUGGAGAAGCAGUAUGGACAACUGUACCAUUACCUGCACUGGCAAUCAAACAUUCAGCUACAACACUCAGGCAUGUGACAGGACAUGCUUGUCACUCUCCAACCGAGCCCUGGAAUGCCAUUCAACUGAUAUUCCUAUUGAAGGCUGCCAGUGUCCUAAAGGACUGUACUUGAACCACAAGAACGAGUGUGUUCGUAAAUCUCAUUGUCCAUGCUAUUUAGAAGAUAGAAAAUACAUCCUGCCUGACCAGUCAACAAUAACUGGUGGGAUCACCUGCUACUGUGUUAAUGGAAGGCUGAGUUGCACAGGCAAACCUCAAAAUCCUGCAGAAAGCUGCAAAGCUCCUAAGAAAUACAUAUCGUGUUCUGACAGUUUAGAAAACAAGUACGGAGCUGCAUGUGCCCCUACCUGUCAGAUGCUGGCUACUGGAAUUGAAUGUAUACCGACUAAAUGUGAAUCAGGCUGUGUCUGUGCUGAUGGCCUGUAUGAAAAUCUCGAUGGCGAAUGUGUCCCAGCUGAGGAGUGUCCAUGUGAAUAUGGUGGCCUUUCUUAUGGAAGAGGUGAACAAAUCCAAACUGAAUGUGAGAUCUGCACUUGCACAAAAGGCAAAUGGAAAUGUGUUCAGAAAUCAAGGUGUUCCUCAACGUGUAACCUGUACGGAGAAGGCCACAUCACCACUUUUGAUGGACAGCGCUUUGUGUUUGAUGGCAACUGUGAAUACAUAUUAGCUACGGAUGGCUGCAGUAUUAACAGACCUGUUUCCUCUUUCAAAAUUGUUACUGAGAAUGUCAUCUGUGGGAAAUCAGGAGUUACAUGCUCCAGAUCCAUCAGCAUUUACCUUGGGAAUUUGACAAUCAUACUGAGAGAUGAAACCUUCACUAUUUCUGGGGAAAAUCCUAGUGUGCGAUAUCAUGUGAAAAAGAACGCCCUUCACCUGAUGUUUGAUAUCAUUAUCCCAGAAAAAUACAACAUGACCCUUAUUUGGAAUAAGCACAUGAACUUCUUCAUCAAGAUCUCCAGAGGAACACAGGAAACUAUAUGCGGUUUGUGUGGGAACUAUAAUGGCAAUAUGAAGGAUGAUUUUGAAACUCGAAGCAAGUACGUGGCAUCAAAUGAAUUGGAAUUUGUCAAUUCUUGGAAAGAGAAUCCUCUCUGUGGGGAUGUGUACUUUGUAGUGGACCCCUGCAGCAAGAACCCUUAUCGUAAAGCAUGGGCAGAAAAGACAUGUUCCGUCAUCAACAGUCAGGUUUUUUCUGCCUGUCACAAUAAGGUGAAUCGGAUGCCCUAUUAUGAGGCCUGUGUUCGAGACUCUUGUGGGUGUGACAUUGGAGGGGACUGUGAAUGCAUGUGUGAUGCCAUUGCAGUGUAUGCCAUGGCAUGUUUAGAGAAAGGUAUCUGCAUUGACUGGAGGACCCCCGAGUUCUGUCCUGUCUAUUGUGAGUACUACAAUUCUCAUAAAAGAAGAGGAGUUGACAAUGCUUAUUCCUCUGGCUACAAUGAUGACAAGUGCACCUGGCAUUACAGGCCCUGUAACUGCCCAAAUCAAAACUACAAAUAUGUCAACAUUGAAGGUUGUUACAACUGCUCUCAUGAUGAAUACUUUGACCAUGAAAAGAACUUGUGCGUGCCAUGUGGAGAAGAAAGCACUAGUACCACUACUGAAACAUCUUCACCUUCACCAGUAACAACAGUGCAGCCUAAAGUAACAAGAAGCUCUGCCACAAGCACCCUACCAACCGUACCUAGUACUUCUUCUGCAACUGCUAUAUCAACUGAGAUUACAAAUCCAACAAUAACUGCAAAAAUUACAGUUCCCAGAACUUCACCCAUACAACCUCUUGUCACAAUAAAGUCAACAACUGCAUACAACAUCAAUUUCUACCACACUGAAAAUGACUACAACCAUCACUACUCCUUCCGUAACUACCACAACAAAGAGAACCAUGACCACUAUACCAAAGUCUACGCCUGCUGCCUCAUCAACCGCUGCUUCAACAGAGACAGAGCAAUUGUCACCCACAUAAGAACAUGGACACAGCCUGUGCAGCAUCUCGUCACACAGACACAGACCACCCCUGCCACAUCCACCAGCAGCACAACUCCAAGCCCGAGCUCUUUGCCUGCCACCUCAGCCUCAUCUGCUUCUUCCCUCUCCUCAACUGUGUCCUCGACACAGCUGGGAACAUCACAUCCUGCCUUCACCCAUAAAAGGUCAACCGAGCCGCACAUUGAGCCCCCUCUGACCACACACAAGACCACGGCCUCCACCUCCAUCAGCAGCACCUCCAAGACCUCUGUCUCCACAGAGACCAGCCCACCAAGCAGCACAGAACUCCCUCUGGCAACAACAUCUCCAAAUCCCAGCUCUUCGCCUGCCCCCAGCAGCCCACUCAGCACCCGGCUGCCAUCUGCUCCCACUUCCACACUCUAUUCCACAGCAGCUCCAAGCACCAGCCCCACGCCUACACCCACAACCCUGAGGCCCAAGCCCUCUUCCCCCUUGACAAGUGCUCCACAAGAGUCUCCUACAACAGAGUCCUCUGCACCCACCACAGCCAAAACCAGCACAGUGCCAUCGCCUGCUCCUUCUGCCUCUUCAACUGUGUCCUCAACAUGGAUGAGUUCCUCACAGCCUGCCUUCACCCAUAAAAGGUCAACCGAGCCACACAUUGAGCCACCUCUGACCACACACAAGACCACGGCCUCCACCUCCAUCAGCAGCACCUCCAAGACCUCUGUCUCCACAGAGACCAGCCCACCAAGCAGCACAGAACUCCCUCUGGCAACAACAUCUCCAAAUCCCAGCUCUUCGCCUGCCCCCAGCAGCCCACUCAGCACCCGGCUGCCAUCUGCUCCCACUUCCACACUCUAUUCCACAGCAGCUCCAAGCACCAGCCCCACGCCUACACCCACAACCCUGAGGCCCAAGCCCUCUUCCCCCUUGACAACCGUCACCCAUAAAAGGUCAACUGAGCCGCACAUUGAGCCCCCUCUGACCACACACAAGACCACGGCCUCCACCUCCAUCAGCAGCACCUCCAAGACCUCUGUCUCCACAGAGACCAGCCCACCAAGCAGCACAGAACUCCCUCUGGCAACAACAUCUCCAAAUCCCAGCUCUUCGCCUGCCCCCAGCAGCCCACUCAGCACCCGCCUGCCAUCUGCUCCCACUUCCACACUCUAUUCCACAGCAGCUCCAAGCACCAGCCCCACGCCUACACCCACAACCCUGAGGCCCAAACCCUCUUCCUCCAUGACAAGUGCUCCACAAGAGUCUUCUACAACAGAGUCCUCUGCACCCACCACAGCCAAAACCAGCACAGUGCCAUCGCCUGCUCCUUCUGCCUCCUCCACUGUGUCCUCAACAUGGCUGAGCUCCUCACAGCCUGCCGUCACCCAUAAAAGGUCAACCGAGCCGCACAUUGAGCCCCCUCUGACCACACACAAGACCACGGCCUCCACCUCCAUCAGCAGCACCUCCAAGACCUCUGUUUCCACAGAGACCAGCCCACCAAGCAGCACAGAACUCCCUCUGGCAACAACAUCUCCAAAUCCCAGCUCUUCGCCUGCCCCCAGCAGCCCACUCAGCACCCGGCUGCCAUCUGCUCCCACUUCCACACUCUAUUCCACAGCAGCUCCAAGCACCAGCCCCACGCCUACACCCACAACCCUGAGGCCCAAGCCCUCUUCCUCCAUGACAAGUGCUCCACAAGAGUCUUCUACAACAGAGUCCUCUGCACCCACCACAGCCAAAACCAGCACAGUGCCAUCACCUGCUCCUUCUGCCUCCUCCACUGUGUCCUCAACAUGGCUGAGCUCCUCACAGCCUACCUUCACCCAUAAAAGGUCAACCGAGCCGCACAUUGAGCCACCUCUGACCACACACAAGACCACAGCCUCCACCUCCAUCAGCAGCACCUCCAAGACCUCUGUCUCCACAGAGGCCAGCCCACCAGGCAGCACAAAACUCCCUCUGGCAACAACAUCUCCAAAUCCCAGCUCUUCGCCUGCCCCCAGCAGCCCACUCAGCACCCGCCUGCCAUCUGCUCCCACUUCCACACUCUAUUCCACAGCAGCUCCAAGCACCAGCCCCACGCCUACACCCACAACCCUGAGGCCCAAGCCCUCUUCCCCCAUGACAAGUGCUCCACAAGAGUCUCCUACAACAGAGUCCUCUGCACCCACCACAGCCAAAACCAGCACAGUGCCAUCACCUGCUCCUUCUGCCUCCUCCACUGUGUCCUCAACAUGGCUGAGCUCCUCACAGCCUGCCGUCACCCAUAAAAGGUCAACCGAGCCACACAUUGAGCCACCUCUGACCACACACAAGACCACGGCCUCCACCUCCAUCAGCAGCACCUCCAAGACCUCUGUCUCCACAGAGACCAGCCCACCAAGCAGCACAGAACUCCCUCUGGCAACAACAUCUCCAAAUCCCAGCUCUCCGCCUGCCCCCAGCAGCCCACUCAGCACCCGGCUGCCAUCUGCUCCCACUUCCACACUCUAUUCCACAGCAGCUCCAAGCACCAGCCCCACGCCUACACCCACAACCCUGAGGCCCAAACCCUCGUCCCCAAGGGGUCACCCCACCAUCGCCUAG